AUGUUUACUAGCUAAAAAUAUUAAUCGAGUGAGAUUAACUAGAUACACAAUAUUUUCCUGGGCACCUUUAUCAUUGUUAUACCAAUUUAAAAGAGCUGCCAAUAUUUAUUUCCUAAUUAUCACUAUAUUCACCUUCAUGCCUUUCACCCCUAAGGGACAUUUUUGUUUGUCCUUGUCCUUACAAUGCUAAGAGAGGGCUAUGAGGAUUAUCAGAGAUACAAGAUGUAAAAUGAUCUGAACAGUAAAUAGUCGAAAAUUAAAGCAGGCUAAAUUAUAAAACUUGAUAAAGAUUCAGAAAUCCCAGCAGAUAUUCUAACGAUUUACUCUACUAACAUAUCAGGAUUGGUGUUUGUAGAUACGAUGGCUCUUGAUGGAGAAACAAAUCUGAAAGAAAAAAUGGCAAUUUGUGAAACUUUCGAUGAGAAAGGUAUUGCAAACUUGCAUGGUGAAGUAACUUGUGAUGCUCCGAAUGAAUUGCUAGACUACUGGGAGGGUUUUGUUAAUUCUUAAGAUAUUCCCUAAAAGGCUCCUUGUACUAUAAAAAACUUAAUGCUUAGAGGAUCCUAUGUUAGAAACACCACUCAUGCCUAUGGAAUAGUAAUGUAUACUGGAAUGUAAACAAAAAUACUUAAAAAUCUAAAAAAGCCUCCUCAUAAAGUUAGCAACAUGAUGAAAAAGAUGAAUUAAAUGCUGUACACCGUAUUUGUUUUCUAAGUUGGUAUAGUUGUGCUAUACUCAUCCUUGAAUUAUAAAUGGGCUUAAGAAAACUUUGGAAAUCAUGACGAAACUGGAAAAGAAGCUGAUCAAGCAACGUUUGUAGACACCUUUUUAAUAUAGCUUUUAGUUUUCUGGGUUGCUUACUCUCAUCUAAUACCAAUCAGUCUUUAUGUUAUCAUAGAAUUGUUGAAACUUGGAUAGAGUGCAUUAAUUAAUCGAGAUAUUCAAAUGUAUGAUAAGGAGAACAAAAGUUUUUCAUUUUGUAGAAACUCAGAUCUUAUUGAAGAACUCGGCUAAGUAGAAAUGAUAUUUAGUGACAAAACUGGAACACUUACAAUGAACAAGAUGAUAUUUAAGAAAUGCUAAAUUAAUGGUGAAAGAAUGGGGGAUAUUCAGACUGCAAGAGGAAGUGAGAAUGGUGAUCCAGAUGAUGGAAUGAGUAGUUCAGGCAUUGCUAGAGUCAAAGAAAAGCUAAGAGAAGAGAGUAAAAGAUACUACAAGAGCUUAAAAACAUUAGAUGGUGAUAAAUCAAUAUACAAUUAUCCUCAUAUGAAUUUCGCGAAGGUACUAGCACUUUGUCAUACUGUCGUCUGUGAUAAUGAUCCCUUAACUAAAGAACACAAGAAAGUGCAUGAGUGUUAUAAUUUGAAAAAUAAGGUGACAUCAGAUCUAAAUAAAUAUUCAUCUGAAGGUUUGAGAACCCUAGUUAUGGCAAUGAGAUAAGUACCAGAAGAAGAAUACUAAACCUAUUAUAAAAUCUAUUCUAAACUAGUUAAUUCUAACAGUCCUUAUAAAGAUAAGAAAAUUACUGAGUUAUACAUGAAGAUGGAGAAAAAAUUAAGGUAUCUUGGAUGUACAGCGAUUGAAGACAAAUUGCAAGAUGGAGUACCUCAAACAAUUGCAAUGCUAAUCAAAGCAGAUAUAAGAUUUUGGAUGCUGACGGGAGAUAAACUAGAAACAGCUAUUGAAAUUGCUAAGUCAUGUAGAAUAAUCUUAGAGGGUAAUCAAGUAAUGGUAUUAUCUACCAAUGACUUUGAAAUAUUGAACAGACAUUUAGACAAUCAGAUUGAAAUUCUAGGAUUAGACGUUACAAAAAAGGUUAAAUCCUUGAAGAAUUUCGACUAAUAAGGACUUGUUAUUGCUAUAGAUGGCAGUACUCUAAGCUUGGUACUUGAGGAUCCUGAGUUAGAACAGAAAUUUUUUUACGUUUCACUUGUUGCAAAAUCAGUAAUAUGCUGCAGAGUUUCACCUAAGUAAAAAGCUGAUGUUGUCAGUCUAUACAAGAAAAGAGGUAGCUGGGUAACAUUAAGCAUCGGUGAUGGUGCUAAUGAUGUAUCAAUGAUUUUAGAAGCGAAUAUUGGAAUCGGUAUUAAGGGCAAAGAGGGUACAUAAGCUGUGAGAAAUGCUGAUUAUGCCAUUUGUCAAUUCAGAUAUAUACAAAAGCUUAUACUUGUUCACGGGCAUUGGGGAUAUCGUAGAGUUUCAAAAAUGAUCUGCUACUAUUUCUAUAAAAAUGUAGUACUUGUUUUUACUGAACUUUAUUUUGCCUUAUUCAAUGGAUUUUCUGGGUAGAUAUUCUUUGUAGAUUGGCUUCCAAUGCUUUAUAAUGCUAUAUUCACAAGCUGGCCUUGCCUUUUUGCAUUUAAUUUUGAGCAGGACAUAAAUCCUCAUUAUAUAUACAAGCAUCCAGUUUGCUACAAAUCUGGAUAAUUAGGAAUCUACUUUAAUUUCAAGAUAUUUUGGAAGCAGAUUUUACUUGCAAUAUGGCAUGGUUUAUGCUGCUUCUUUAUACCAAUGAUGAAUGGAAAUAUGAAUCCGGAACGAUCUGAUGGAUCAACAAGCGAACUAUGGCUUACUUCUACAAUUACAUUUACAAUUAUCAUUCACUUGGUUAGCUACAAACUAUUUUUGGAAUCAAGCUUUUGGAAUGUUUUUUCAUUAUUGGCAGCUGUGAUAUGUGUUCUGUUUUAUUAUGUUGUUUGCUUUGUAGGCAGUUCUGAUGCAGUAUCAUCAUUUCUUUAACCUUAAUUGAAUGGGAUGAUGAUGCAAAUCUUCUCAUUUUCUAAGUUCUACCUCAUGGUUGUAGUAGUUCCAGCCAUAUGCCUCAUCCCUGACUCAAUACUCAAGCUUUAAAGGGCAAUUUUCAACCCUUUACCUUCGGAAAAAAUCAUGAUGGAGUAGAAAAAAAACCCAACUUACUCAUACUUUGAAAAUAUUAUCAAGAAUGAUCUGAGUGUAUUCAUAACAGAUGUAUUCAAGAAAAAUAAGAGUCAGGGCCAUCUCACCAGUAAAGCUCUAUCAGAGAUGGAGAAGCAAAGUGUUAUAUCUGGAGUUCUCUCUCCCUAAUCAUCUUUUCGCAAUUACAACAAUGGCUCCUAGAAUGAGACGAAUGGCUAAGAGGAUGAUAAAAAUGGCUAUAAAGCAAAUAUAUUACCUGCUAGUCACCGAGUGGCUGGGGACUCAAAAUUUAAAUAGAAUUCUGCAAAAAAGAAGUUUGAUUAAUAGGCAGAUUAAGAAAAGGAAUAAGAAAAUGACGAUGAUAUCGAUUCAGAUAUUGAUUUUGAAGAUGAUAGUGAUGAUGAAGAUGUUGAAGAAAAUGAAGUGGAUAGUGAUGAAGAGGAUACCGAUCAAGGACCAUCAUAAGAGCAUGAAGAUGUUAUUCAUGUAGAGGCAAAGGUAAAGAACCCUAAAAAGUAAGGAAAGAAUAGACUAGAUGAAAUUGAGAGGUCGGUAACAAAGAAGCAAAAGAAAAUGAAGCAGAGGGGCAAUGAGACUACUCAUCAUCUAUUGAAUGACAGCAAUGUUAGUGAUAAUGAAAUUUUGAAUGAAAGUGUAUCCUCAAAGUUACUCCAGGAAAAGAUCAACAGAGAUAUUAAAAAGAAGAAAUUGUAGGAAAAAUUCAAACAGGAAACUUAGGAUGAUAGCAAUGAGAAUGAAAGUAAUGAGCAAGAGGAAUCAUCGGUGUAAGAGACAAUAGAGCGAAGAAGCACAAAAAUAAAAAAGCUAAGUAAAGACAAGAUGAGAGAGUAAAGUUACAAAGAGCGUAAGAAGAAGCUGCUUGAUAAUAUCAAGAAGGAAAUGAAGCAGAAGAAGGAUCAAGAGUAUAAAAUGCUUUAAGCGUCCUACCACUCAACUAAAUCUAACAACCAUCAUAGUAAAUUUUAUCAACUAUCAAAGCAUUUUUUAGUUAUGGAGUAAUUGAAUGAUUUAGCUAAGGAAGCAGAGAAGAAGAAUAAAAAGGAGAUUAACCCUAAUGCUAAAUUUGGUGUAAAGGAUCAUUUGUUUGCUGCAUUCUCUAUAAAUGGAAACAACUAGCCUUUCGGUUCUCAGGCAUCAACUACUGAGAAGAACUUUACAGGAGAUGUGCCUUACCUCCUAAAUAAUCUUGGGCAUUCUAUAGACACAUUUACACCAACACCAUCCAUCUAGAACUCCAAUAGCUAUCCAAGCACUUUCUAACUUCCUCCUGAGAGAAUAAAGGAGGAUGGACAUCCACUAGAGAGAGCUAAGCUUGGUUAAAAGAAUUUAGCCACAUAGAAAAAGACUAAAAAGAAGAAGUACGUCAUGAAGUAUAGGGAAUUAAUAGCACAGAAUGAAACUUAAAAUGCUUUGGAGAACUAAAUAGUAUAAGAUUUCCUUGAGUAACCAUCUGAGUUAGCAUAGUAAAAAAGCUAAGAACAGGUUUAGAAGAUAAAAGAAGUUAAAGAUUUCAAAUUAUGA